GGAGUUUAAACUUUGGACCCGAGAAGAACAGCUGAGAGACACAGUGGAGGCUCUUUAGGAACGGAGACAAAACUAAAAUUGGAUAUCUUUUGGCUGAAUCUCUGUUGUCUUGGGGGCUUCUUUGGUGUUCCACUCAAGCGAGGAAACCAUGGAGCAGGGCUGUGAUGGCAUUGAGCUGCUCGAUUGGCUGUUUGAUCAAGACGAUGGAAUUCUCCGUCACGAGGAAACGGGACGCCAUGGCAACCAUCACACCUGGCCAAUCCAGGACCCAAAUAUGCUGCAGCCGGCCGGACAGGCAGACGACGACUUCCUCAACGCCCUCCUGAGUGGAAGUGACUCUGCGUCAGGCUCGCCUCUCUGGUCCCCUUCUCCCAGUGACAGUGGGAUCAGCGAGGACCCCCCCUCAGACCAGAUGGACAGCCCUCAGCGUCCCGAGAGCCCCCCCGAGGACGCUCAGUAUUUCAGUGCGAGGCCACAAACCAAGGCGGACCUCGAAGCCAAAGUCUCCAUUGACCUCAGUGCAGAUGGCUGGGGGUCCGGAUUCCCAACGGGCAGGACGAGGAUUACACCAUAUCCUUCUGAUGUACAUAGACCGCAGCUGUCCUCUGGCUUCCCGCUAACUGUCAAGGAUCUGCUACUGUCUGGCACACCAGAGCCCGCCCCACACCCAUCCCAGCAGUCCAUUCAGGAGCUGAUUCUCAAUGAAGAUGAGAAGAAGCUUCUGGCAAAAGAGGGGGUGACUCUACCCAGCCAACUACCUCUCACAAAGUACGAAGAAAGGAUUCUGAAGAAAAUACGCAGAAAGAUUCGCAAUAAGCAGUCUGCUCAGGAGAGCAGGAAGAAGAAGAAGGAGUACAUUGAUGGGCUGGAGAGCAGGAUGACUGCCUGCAAUGUACACAACCAGGAGCUGCAGAGGAAGGUGUCUCAGCUGCAGAAAUGCAACAUGACACUAAUGGAACAGCUACGCAGACUACAGGCUAUGGUCAUGAAUACAUCUAAAAAGCCAGCUCAGACUGGGACAUGUGUACUGGUGCUUCUGCUGUCCUUCUCACUAAUCCUGUUCCCCAACCUCAAGCCUUUCUCUGACACCAAGGUCAGCCAAGGAGACUUCAGUCCAGUCAGAAUCCAGUCACGGUCACUGCAGAACCUACAGGCUUCCCGUGUGCUGCAUGUCAUUGAAUCCCCAUUCUCCGCUGAGGAUGAAUCUGAGCCUCUGCACCAGCAUCCCCCAGGAGACUGGCGAUUGGAGGAUAUUACUGCCAUGAUGGGAAAGCUGGGAGUGAACCAAGACCAGGCCGGUUUGGAGCCCAUGUCUCUAAACAGCAGUCAGGAAGAAAGGAUGGGUCAUUUCCAAGUAGACCCAAUAACUGGUCACAUAGCUACUGUGACCUUGGAUCCCCACCGCUCUGCCAGGCUGCGACCACAUGCUGAUGACAUGUGAAAGAAAUUAAGAAAUUAUGCCGACAUGAAUUCCCCCAAAUCAUCCUCCUCCUCAAGAGUAGAGCAGGGAAUAAUCCGCUGUUUACACAGACAGAGAAAUAUGUUUUUUAAUCAUUUCUGUUUUCCCUUAAAUAUAGUUUAUAUUCAGUUGGUAACACUUUAUAAUAAGCAUCAUUUAUAAAUGGUAAAUUGAUAGUUAAUUAAACUUAG